GGUUUAGUUGUGGUUUUUCUUCAGCCGCAAGGACCGAGUACUCCGCAGCAUUAAUCGCCUUCCUUCGUAUUGUAGGUUUCUCUCCCGCCGCCACUCUCCGCCGCGCCACCACUCUCUCCGCCCAAAGGAUUAUAUCUGCAGUCUUGUCAUGGAGUGCCCUGAUUCCGACGCACAACCCAAUUGGCGUAGUAGAAAGAAAUCUGGUGUCUGGGAACACUUCACUGUGAAAAGUGAUGAAUCUGGAUGUUCCAAGGCUUACUGUAAAAGUUGCAAAAAACCAUUCGCUUAUAUCAAUGGUUCAAAGCAAUCUGGAACCAGCCAUCUGAGGAGACACAUUUCUCUGGGAAUCUGUCAGAAAAAUCAACAAACCCUGUGCUCCAAAACUGGUGCUGAUCCACCAAAGAAGAAACGAGCAAGAGCGAAAGUUGCUGCUAUUUCAUUUGAUCAGGAGCGCUGCAACGAUAAGAUAGCUAAAAUGAUUAUUUUGCAUGACUAUCCACUUCAUAUUGUAGAACACCGAGGUUUCAUUGAUUUUGCGCGGGCACUUCAACCACAGUUCAACCCGCUGAGUUUAAAUGCUGUCCAAGAGGAUUGUGUUGCCAUAUACCUCAGAAAGAAGCAAAACCUGCUGAAACUUAUUGAUGGGAUUCCUGGACGAGUCAACCUUACCUUGGACUUAUGGACUUCAGAUCAGACAUCAGCCUAUGUUUUUCUUCGAGGUCACUUUGUUGAUUGUGAUUGGAACUUACAUCAUCCCAUUCUUAGUGUUCUGAAGAUGCCUUUUCCUGAUUCUGGUGGUUCCCUAAAUCAAUCCAUAAACACCUGCCUACAUGACUGGCAUUUGGAGGGUCGGAUAUUUACUCUUGUGCUUGAUAAAUUCUUCUUCAGUGAGACUUUGAUUGGAAAUCUGAGAGGUCUUUUCUCUAUUAAGAACCCUGAGAUCCUCAAUGGUCAGUUAUUAAGCCAGAACUGUUAUUCUCGUGUGCUUACUCGCCUUGCAUCAGAUGCGCUUUGGGCAAUGAGAGAAACUAUUGACAAAGUUCGCAAGAGUGUGAAGUAUGUGAAAUCUUCUGAAUCUCGUGAACAGAAGUUUCUCAAGCUGAGGCAAAAGCUUCAACUUUCCAGUAAGAGCAACCUUUUAAUUGAUGACCAAACUAAGUGGGAUACAGUUUACCACAUGCUUGUUGCUGCCUGUGAAUUAAAGCAAAUCUUUUGCUGCUUUGGUGUCGGUGAUCCUGAUUGCAGAAUGACUCUAAAAUUAGAUGACUGGAAGCAGGUGGAAAUUCUUUGCACAUAUCUAAAGUGUUUGUAUGAUGCAGCAAACAUUUUAACUGUGCAACCAUACCCAACUGCCAACUUAUUUUUUCCUGUAGUAUCAAAGCUUCAGGUGGAGUUCACUCAUGCAUCCCUAAGCCAGGAUGCUUUUUGUCGUAAUUUGAUCAUGCCUUUGCAAGAAAAGUUUGACCAAUAUUGGAGAGAAAACUGUUUCGUCUUGGCAAUUGCUGCUGCGAUGGAUCCAAGGUAUAAAAUGAAAAUUGUUGAGUCCACCUUUGCUAACAUCUAUGGAGAGAAUGCUGAGCUAUGGAUAAGAAUUGUUGAGAAUGGACUUCAUGAGAUAUUCCUUGAAUAUAAUAGUGUAGAUGUGCUUUCUUUGACCCCAUCAAAUGGGGAUGAAGGGGAUGAGUCUAUAACAAUGAAGACGGACCCUUUUCAAAAAGGGUCAUUGGAGACUAAGCCAUUUCAGUUUCAGUCAGGGUCAUUUGAGAUUGAGCCAUUUCCAGAAGGGUCAUUUGAUUUUGAUGGAUCUCCUUUUGAUGCUGAAGAUGGACUUCCUGAUAUUGAAUUUUACAUAUCUGAUUUCAUUAGUAACCCAUCAUUCAAGUCAGAAUUGAGUGAGUAUUUGGAAGAGCCUCUAGAGCCAAGAGUACCAGACUUUGAUAUUCUGAGAUGGUGGAGAAUAAAUGCAUUGAAGUACCCAACAUUAUCUAGAAUGGCAUCAGAUAUUUUGUCUAUCUCUGCAUCUACUCUCCCUGCAAGUUCUGUUUUUGAUACAGAAAUUAGGAAAAUGGAUAGCUAUCGGAGUUCAUUAGACUCUCCUACUCUUGAGGCCCUAAUUUGUACCAAGGACUGGUUCCGGUAUGAAUCAUUACCAAUCAAUGUUUCAAAUGAUCUUGUGAAAGUGGAAUAUUAGGGGUAGCUUUUCUCACUUGGGGAUAAUAUUAUCAAGUAGUUUGUAGGUAUUCAAGUUUUGAUAUCGGUCAAGUAAUUCAUGUUUCAA